GAAACUUGAUUACCUUGAUUAAUCAUAAAAAUAAACUGUGUAGAUAGAAUUUUUCUAUUGAUUGCUACUUUCAAACAAGAUAAGUAAGAUUGAUCAUUCUUUUCACAAUUAUAUCAAAAAAAUUUUUACAUCAAAUAAAGGAUCUUAAGACAUGCUUUUCUUAUACAUGUAUUGAAAGUACUUGUUUUUUGUGUUUAGUUCAAUAUAUCUUGUUGCAAUAUAAAAUAGACAUAUUAUAUAAUUGUACAAUUAUAUUUUCACAUAACUAACUCUGCAUGAUUAAUGAUAAAUUGAUCUCGUUUGAAAUGGUCGUGCAUCUUUUCACAUAAUGCAUGACAUUUUAAUAAAACGCGAGACGUCUCGAUUUUUAUAUCGUGAUUCUUAUAUCGUGACGAACGAAUAAAUAGUGUACAAAAUGCACGAGACAUUAGCACAUAAUCAACUAUAUCGUUUAAAUGUAAUCAGCAUAAUACAGCCAACUUGAUCUAAACAAAAUAAUAUAAACAUUAAUCAGAAAUGAGCAAUAAUUUCUAUUUCUAUUUAUACAUGCUGAAAACUUGCAUCCUCUUCUUCUUUAUUCAGUUUUAUUACAAAAAAAAAUAAAAUAAAAUUAGUAAACUAAUAACGAAAUCAGUAUAAUGCCAGAAAAUAGAGAAUUAUCGUAAAAAUAAAUUGACAAUUGUAGUUGCUGUUAAUAUCCUGGUUAAUAUAUAUUAUAUAAUACAAAAAUAUUUGCUUAAGCGACAGAGAGAGAGAGAGAGAUUUGUCUUUAUUUUUCUUUAUGAUAAUAUAAAAAUUUAAAUGUUUUUAUUUAUUUAUUUAUAAAUUUCACUUCGUUUACAUUUUAUGCGUCAAAUUUGAAUGUAUAAAAGUUAUAUCGUGGUGUGGAAAGACCUUUACGCGAUACCUCUUUUUCGACAGGGUUUCUUAUAAUACUUUCACCAUCAAGCUAGCCUCGCAGUAAACGGCAACACGCGCAUGUGAACAUAUCGAUCCAGAUAAACAAUUUAAACUUUGUCCCAUAAUGAAACACAUAAUUAUAGCCGCCGCCGCCGCCGCCGCUGCCUUGGUUAACGUUUGUUUGGCGGGUGUAUUACAUACUCUACCGGAAUACCGGACAACGAUAACACCGCCAUCACCAAAGCCAUACAGCUUCCAAUAUGAAGCAGGACGAUACCCGGGACACGUUGAUCGCGUUCAUCAAGAAAUCGGAGAUGGAGAUGGAAUUAUUCACGGAACAUAUUCGUAUGUCGAUCCAAAAUACAAAGUACGAACAGUCGAGUACAAGGCUGAUAAAAACGGAUUUCAUCCUGCUUUGAUCAACUUUGAUGACAUUUUUGCUCAACCCGCCGAUUCGGAAGCUGUAAGAUUAGCCAAGGAGAAACAUAUGCGUCUUUACCAAAAGAUCGCGGAAGCAAACGCUCAUAAUGUUCCAAUAAACUUGCCACAGGAUUCAGACAGCGUGGCAAAAGCGAAAAACAAGCAUAAUGAAUUGUACCACAGAAUCGCGGAACAACACGCAGCCAUCGCCGCGCAAAGGGAAGCUGAACGACUGGCUUACGAGGCAACUUCCGUUGCCAAUGGCGUAGAAUGACGUAGAUAAUCAUCGGAGAUGUUAAAAACGUGUUGUGCACAUGUUGACAUCAUGACUGACGUGCGUGCCGUAUACUUUAAUAACAAGAAAUAUAUUGCGCGUCGUCUCGGAAAUGCGUAUUAAUGCUCAUAAAUAUACUCAUUCAUGUAAUAACCGUUGUCAUGUAAUAACUCAUUAUGGUUUUUUUAAGCUGAUUCGAGCAAUGGAGAAAUGUUUUUGCUCGACUUAUGAAUAAACAUUUUUAAUCUUUGCUAACCUAUAGCAAAAUAAUGUGUGCUUGUUGUUGGCUUUAAGACUCUAUAGUCACAAUCCUAACGUAUUCGGAUAAUAAUACUUUAGAGACAUAGAAAGAGAAACAAUAUGAAACAAAUAUACUAUAGUAAAAUGAUCGUCGUAAUUAUAGAUAAAUUUAUAGAAGCAUGACAGAUACAACCUAAUACAAGAGAAAUAAGGCUAUUAGUUACUGUAAUAAAAUAAAAAUCUUAAUAAUAACCGUAGAAUAAAAAGGAAUUGAGUUUUUAUACAAAUUCCUAUAUUUUUAUUCUCUGAGACAGAAAUUUGCAGCAGAAGUAAAGAAGCAGAUAAAUAUAUCAUUUUUUUACCAACUAUUCUUAUAAAUUUCAUCUGCUUUUAUACAAAAUAUGAUUUAUACAUGAGUGCUUCUUCAUAUAAAUUAAUAAAUAGGUUAAUAAAUGGGAAUCAACGGUUAUUACAUGAAUUAUUUUUGGAUAUUAUAACAUUAUGAUUAUUGCGUUAGUUAUUGCAAUUAUUACAAGUAUUAUAUAUUACUUUUAUUGUCUCCUAAAUUCCAAUAUAUAACAAAAAUAAAUAAUGCACUGCACGCGCUAAUAAUUGUUAUAUUUGUUGUAUUUUUUCUUUCGGCAUGCAAUUUAUUCAUAUGUAGCAGUCUGUUUAUAUAAUUACGAGCGGGCAGUAAUGCGAACAAAGUGUUAAAACUCGUUGUUUCUAAGUGCCGGAAGUGCUAUCGCGCAAACAAAAAAUUUUCGAUGAAAGAUACACAACACACACAAUCAUAUUGUAAUGAUAUAAAAACGACUAUGCGACAUCGUGCACGAUAUUAGUUCGAACGAGUAUUCUGAUGAAAGAUGAAGUGCUUCUUGAGCAAACUAUUCUGUUUUUUUUUGCUGUGCAUCGUGGCGACGAUGUGCAUGAGCGUCGGAAAUCCAAUUUCUGCAAUUAUAGGAACGCGUAAAAUAGCUUGUAGAGGGAGGGGUACAACUACUACUACUACAGCUGCCACCUCUUAAAAUGUGUAAAUCUGCAUUAAUGGAGGCAGAAAACGAUGAAGAAAAUUUAUGGCAAUAGAUUGAAAUACUUAGAAGAAAUCUCAAAUUAUUAUUUCACUCGCAGUGAUUAUGUUAUUAUUAUGUCUCUCUAUCGCCCACACAAAUUACGUCAAAAAUUACAACAAAUGUUUUACAUGGUUUUAUAUACACGAGAUGAGUAAAAUAAAUCGUUCUAUACACUUUUCUAAAGACACAAGGUAUAAAAAUAGAUGUGAAAAAGCCCUUUACCACAACCACAAGCUUCACAUUGCAAUUUAAACUGCAACUAUACAAUAACAUGAAAGUUCAACAUGGCAUGUGACUUGAAAAUUACAUUGGGCAAAAGAGAGAGAGGUAAAAGAAACAAACAUUCUUAAGUUUUACUUUUACAACAUUAACAAGUAUUAAACAUUUUGGUUUAAUAAAUAAUAAAGAAACACAAAAUUGUAUGGACUUUCAAUAAAUAAUUUUGGCAAUC